AUGGCGCCCGCCCCAGCCCUGCGGGGCUCCGCCCUGCCCGCCCUGGCCCUGCUGCUGUGCGCCCUAGGCGGCGCCGCAGCCGGCCCUCACGGCCUGUUCUACAUACAGCUGGCUGUGGGCAAGAGCCCCUGCCUGGCCGCAGGCGGCUACCUGUCUGGCAACCUGUGCGACGGCGCCGACGCCCUCUCCCUCAUCCCCUACACGAAUGACGGCGCCAAGUCAACCUGGUGGGCAGACCCCGUCCAGCGGUGGGGCGAGGACCGAGACAUGCUAGACUCCAUCACAUUGCAGGCACGUGCCGCGCUGUGCCGCGCUGCGCUGUGCUGUGCUGUGGCUCUCAACGGCCGCGUCAAGCCCUGCUUCGCCGACAGCUUCCUGUCCAUGUCCACCAGCUGCUUCAACACCAGCGCCUGGGUGGGCGCCGCCCAGGCGGUGUGGAUCCUGGAGGAGACGGCGCACCAGGACAUCUGGCCCCGCACCGACGCCAUCUUCCUCGCCCUGGACCCCACCCACAUCAAGCCCUACGACGGCGCAGACCUGUGGUGCGACGCAAGCCCCUUCCACAACCACCUCUCCCUCACAGGCAUCACCAAGAUCGCGCUGCCCAGCGGCCCCCCCGUCAUGGCCUUUGCCGGCAACGCGGGUUCCUUUGGCUACCGCGCCCAGCUGGCCCCCGGCAGCCUGCCCGGCCAGCCCUUCACAGGCAAACGCGCGGCCGGGGCUGGCGCCGAGUGGGGGGCAGGCCGCCGGUGCACUCCUCCCAGCUGCAUCCGUCUGAACAAGUGGACCUGCGACUGCCGGCAUGCGCGCCGCCUGUGCGCCUUCUGGGUGCUGGCCAACGGCGGCACCAACCUGGGCUAUUCCAACGCCCUCAUGACCCUCAACAAGAACGCCACCAACAUCGACCACGAAUUUGCUUGGAACACGCUGAGCUUCACAGAGUACCAAAACGGCCUGCCGGGCGCGGUGCCCGUCUAUGCCCCCGCCCUGCCCAGCCAGGCGGGCCAGUGUUGGCACUUCCUGACGGUCACCAAGUCCCCCACCACCGUUUCUUUCUACUGGAAGGGCGCCCUCACCACCUCCUGGGACAACACCGCCCAGAUCACCUGGGGCUCCAACGACCUGGCCAUCGGCAUCGACUGGGCCAGCAAGGGGCUGAACUUCAAGGGCAACCUGGGCACCAUCUCCCUCUACAACCAGGCCCUGACAGCUGCCGAAGUGCAGGCGCUGUACAACAGGGAUGUCGCCAAGUAUGCCGCCAACCUGUGCACCUGA